AUGGGUGAAUGUCCUGUUGCACACAAGAAGAGCAAUGUUGCUGGAGGUGGUACUCGCAACACUGACUGGUGGCCAAACGCCUUGAAGUUGAAUAUCCUCCGCCAGCACACUGAAGCCACCAACCCUCAAAGCAAGGAUUUUGAUUAUGCCUCUGCUUUCAAGACUCUUGACUACUGGGGUCUCAAGAAGGAUCUCCAUGCCUUGAUGACCGACUCGCAAGAGUUCUGGCCCGCUGACUUCGGCCACUACGGUGGCUUGUUCAUCCGCAUGGCAUGGCACAGCGCGGGUACUUACCGAGUCUUCGAUGGACGCGGUGGUGGUGGCCAGGCCCAACAGCGAUUCGCGCCGCUGAACUCUUGGCCCGAUAACGUCUCUCUCGACAAGGCUCGUCGUCUUCUUUGGCCUAUCAAGCAGAAGUACGGUAACAAGAUUUCCUGGGCGGAUUUGCUGCUUUUGACUGGUAACGUCGCUUUGGAGUCCAUGGGUCUGCAGACCUUUGGAUUCGCCGGUGGCCGUCCCGAUGUCUGGGAGGCGGAUGAGUCGGUCUACUGGGGAAGCGAGAACGUCUGGUUCACGAACGAGGCGCGUUAUGAGGCUGAGACUCCUGAUGAGAAGACCAAGCAGAGCGAUAUCAAGACUCGUGAUCUCGAAGACCCGCUGGCCGCGGUCGUCAUGGGUUUGAUUUACGUUAACCCCGAAGGUCCUGAUGGAAACCCCGACCCCGUCGCUGCGGCGCGGGAUAUCCGCAUCACCUUUGGCCGCAUGGCUAUGAAUGAUGAAGAGACCGUCGCCUUGAUUGCCGGUGGUCACACCUUCGGAAAGACACACGGUGCAGCUAGUGCCGACAACGUCGGAAAGGAACCCGAGGCUGCCGGCCUUGAGUCCCAGGGCCUGGGAUGGCACAACGCACACGGCACCGGAGCCGGACCCCACGCCAUCACCAGUGGCCUGGAGGUCACUUGGACCAAGACUCCUACCAAGUGGAGCAACCAGUUCCUUGAAUAUCUGUUCCAGUUCGAGUGGGAGCUGACCACAAGUCCCGCUGGAGCCAAACAGUGGGUGGCUAAGAAUGCUGACUCCAUCAUUCCCCACGCUUUCGACUCCACCAAGAAGCAGAAGCCCACUAUGUUGACCACUGAUCUUUCUUUGCGUUUCGACCCCAUUUAUGAGAAGAUCUCCCGUCGCUUCCUUGAGAACCCCGGUCAGCUUGCCGAUGCCUUCUCCCGCGCCUGGUUCAAGCUGCUCCACCGUGACAUGGGUCCCCGUGCUCGCUGGUUGGGCCCUGAGGUCCCCAAGGAGGUUCUCCUCUGGGAAGAUUACGUUCCCGCUCCUUCUUCCGCUCUGAUUGAUAACGGAGACAUCAUCGCCCUCAAGAACGAAAUCCUCUCCACCGGCGUUGAGCCCAUCAAGUUCAUCACGACUGCUUGGGCCUCCGCCUCAACCUUCCGCGGUGGUGACAAGCGUGGUGGUGCCAACGGCGCCCACAUCCGCCUUGCCCCCCAGAAGGACUGGGAUGUCAACAACCCAGCGCAGCUGCAGGAGGUCCUCAGUGUUUUGGAGAGCAUACAGCAGCGCUUCAACAAGACCCAGAACGGCGAGAAGCGUGUUUCCAUCGCCGAUCUGAUUGUCCUGGCUGGAUCUGCUGCUCUGGAGCGCUCCUCUGGCAUCCCCGUCCCCUUCACCCCUGGCCGCAGCGAUGCGACCGCAGAGCAGACCGACGUCGAAUCAUUCAGCUGGCUCCGACCGUUCGCUGACGGAUUCCGCAACUACGGAAACUCCACUCGUCGUGUGCGCACCGAGCAGCUUCUCGUCGACAAGGCCCAGCAGCUCACACUCUCCGCCCCUGAACUCACUGUCCUCGUCGGCGGUCUCCGUUCCCUGAACGCCAACUGGGAUGGUUCUAAGCACGGAGUGCUUACAUCCCGCCCUGGCCAGCUGAGCAACGACUUCUUCGUUAACCUGCUCGACAUGAACACGAUCUGGAAGCCCACUGGCGCUGACAGUGAAUACUUCGAGGGCUCCGAUCGCAAGACCGGUGCCAAGAAGUGGACCGCCACCCGUGUGGACCUGAUCUUCGGUCACCACGCCGAGCUUCGCGCCCUUUCGGAGCUGUAUGGUAGCUCUGAUGCCCAGGACAAGUUCAAGAAGGACUUUGUUGCUGCUUGGGACAAGGUCAUGAACUUGGAUCGUUAUGAUGUGUCUUGCUUCCCCGUGACUGGCCGUCCUCGUCUGUGA